CUGCUGAUGCUGAAGAGCUGCUGGCUGCUAGGCUCUGCCUCCCAGAAGCCCCCUGUGUUGGUGGACUCCCAGCAGCCCACGCAGGAGUACGCUCACUCUAUCCGGCUGGAUGGUGACAUCAUCCUGGGCGGCCUGUUCCCGGUGCAUGCCCGCGGCGAGAGGGGAGUGCCCUGCGGCGAACUGAAGAAGGAGAAGGGGAUCCACCGCCUGGAGGCCAUGUUGUUCGCUAUUGACCUCAUCAACAAGGACCCGGACCUGCUGCCCAACGUGACGCUCGGGGCUCGCAUCCUGGACACGUGUUCGCGCGACACCUACGCCUUGGAGCAGUCGCUCACCUUCGUCCAGGCGCUCAUCGAGAGGGACGGUUCCGAUGUGCGCUGCGCUAAUGGUGACGCGCCCAUCUUCGCCAAGCCGGAUAAGGUGGUUGGCGUCAUCGGCGCGUCGGCCAGCUCCGUGUCAAUCAUGGUCGCCAACAUCCUGCGACUGUUCAAGAUCCCUCAGGUCAGCUACGCCUCGACGGCUCCGGAGCUCAGCGACAACGCGCGCUACGACUUCUUCUCCCGCGUGGUUCCUCCCGACUCCUACCAGGCUCAGGCCAUGCUGGACAUCGUCACGGCGAUGGGCUGGAACUACGUCUCCACGCUCGCCUCGGAGGGAAACUACGGCGAGAGCGGCGUGGAGGCCUUCGUGCAGAUCUCCAGAGAGUCAGGUGGAGUGUGUAUCGCUCAGUCUCUGAAGAUUCCUCGAGAGCCGAGACUCGGCGAGUUCGAUAAGAUCAUCCUCCGUCUGAUGGAGACGCCCAACGCCCGCGCUGUCAUCAUGUUCGCCAACGAGGACGACAUCCGACGAAUCCUGGACGCGGCCAAACGCAACAACCUGACGGGUCACUUCCUGUGGGUGGGCUCUGACAGCUGGGGCUCUAAGAUCUCCCCGGUGGUCCAACAGGAGCGAGUGGCCGAAGGUGCCGUCACCAUCCUGCCGAAGAGAGCGUCUGUGGACGCGUUCGAUCGUUACUUCAAGAGCCGCUCGCUGUCCAACAACCGCAGGAACGUCUGGUUCGCCGAAUUCUGGGAGGAGAACUUCAGCUGUAAGCUGGGGAUGCACGGCAAGAGGCCCGGCAGCCCCAAGAAAUGCACAGGUUUGGAGAAAGUCAGCCGCGACUCUACGUACGAGCAGGAGGGGAAGGUGCAGUUUGUGAUGGACGCUGUGUACGCCAUGGCUCACGCUCUGCACCACAUGCACCGCGAGCUCUGCGCCGGUUCCCCCGGACUCUGCACCCGCAUGGCCAACAUCGACGGCAAGGAGCUGCUGGCCCACAUCCGAGCCGUCAGCUUCAACGGAAGUGCGGGAACGCCGGUCGUCUUUAACGAGAACGGCGACGCUCCCGGACGCUACGACAUCUUCCAGUAUCAGAUCAACAACAGGUCGACGGCAGAGUACAAAGUCAUCGGGACCUGGACCAAUCAGCUGCAUCUAAACAUGGAGAACCUGCAGUGGACCACCGGCGACUCCUCGCUGCCGGCCUCGGUGUGCAGCCUUCCCUGCCGGACCGGCGAGAGGAAGAAGGUGGUGAAGGGCGUCCCGUGCUGCUGGCACUGCGAGCGCUGCGAGGGAUACCACGUCCAGGCCAGCGAGUUCACAUGCGAGCUCUGCCCUUACGAGAAGAGACCCAACCAGAACCGCACCGACUGCCAGCCGAUCCCAAUCAUCAAGCUGGAGUGGCACUCGCCCUGGGCGCUGGUGCCCGUCUUCAUCUCCGUCCUGGGCAUCAUCGCCACCACGUUCGUCAUCGUCACCUUCUUCCGAUACAACGACACGCCUAUCGUGCGCGCCUCUGGGCGGGAGAUGAGCUACGUGCUUCUGACGGGCAUCUUCCUGUGUUACAUCAUCACGUUCCCAAUGAUCGCCGCUCCCGAUAUCGUCGUCUGCUCCUUCCGUCGUAUCUUCCUGGGCCUCGGUAUGUGCUUCAGCAACGCCGCGCUGCUCACCAAGACCAACCGCAUCCACCGCAUCUUCGAGCAGGGCAAGAAGGCCGUGACGGCGCCGCGCUUCAUUUCGCCGGCGUCCCAACUCGUCAUCACCUUCUCGCUCAUCUCGGUUCAGCUGCUGGGCGUCCUGGUGUGGUUCGCCGCCGACCCCCCGCACACCUUCGUGGAUUACGGCGAGCAGCGCACGCAGGAUCCCGAGAACGCUCGCGGCGUCCUCAAGUGCGACAUCUCCGACCUGUCGCUCAUCUGCUCGCUGGGCUACAGCAUCCUCUUGAUGGUCACAUGCACUGUUUACGCCAUCAAGACGCGCGGCGUUCCCGAGACAUUCAACGAGGCCAAACCUAUUGGAUUUACUAUGUACACCACCUGCAUCAUCUGGCUCGCCUUCAUCCCCAUCUUCUUCGGCACGGCUCAGUCGGAAGAGCGGAUGUACAUCCAGACGGCCACGCUGACCGUGUCCCUGAGCCUCAGCGCCUCCGUCUCUCUGGGAAUGCUCUACAUGCCGAAGGUCUACAUCAUCAUCUUCCACCCGGAGCAGAACGUCCCCAAACGCAAACGCAGCUUUAAGGCCAUCGUCACCGCCGCCACCAUGACCAGCAAGCUGUCGCAGCUGGCGGCCGAGAGGCCCAACGGAGAGGUGAAGACGGAGCUGUGCGAGGGCGUGGAGGCCAGCGUUCCACCCACAAAAACCACCUACGUCAGCUACACCAACCACGCCAUAUGA